GAUUCAAUCUCAAAACCCUAGCUCAGCUCAAUUUUUAGAAGACAAAUCGAAAGACAGUUGUUCUCUCUCUCUCGUCGAUCAUGAGGCCGCGGCUGAAGAAUGAUAAUCGCACAACACAUUCAGAGGAGCUUCAAAUUAAUCGCACAAAGCGCGCGACAGAGUCAGUUGCUAAUUCAACAUUAGCCGCUUUCAUAACUCAAAAGUUGUUCGGAAUUGGUACAAAACUAGUUAGAGAGCUCUUUAGGGUUGCAGAUGAUGAUACAAAGAGGUAUGAUGCUCAUUCUUGGGGGCUGGAGCAGCUAAACCAGUUAGGCGGUUUUGAUUCAAGAGGAGAUGCUAAACUGAUUCUUGAUCCAGCUUCAGCUUCACCCCGGGGUCGAAUAGAGAGGAGAAUUGCUCUACCUCGGCCUCUCUCUGAUAUCAAAGCAAGAAGACGCAUUUUCCGGAUUCACGCAUCAAGGAUGCCGUUAGCUGUGGACGUGAACUUGGAAAAAUUUGUGAGGAGUGAGGAUGAUUUUUCCGGCGCUGAUGUCAAGGCAAUUUUCACUGAAGCUCGUUUGAUUGCCAACGGGGAUCUUCGAAUUAAGACGAUCCAGGCAGACUUUGAGGAGGCUAAAGAUAAGGUGAUGUCCAACAAGAAAAAAUGGGUACCGGAAGCCUUCAUCAAAUUCAAUGGUAGGGAUGUGAAUGGAGCGGGUCUGCCCCACCCCGCUUCUGCCCCGCCGCGCCCCGGGAACAUUUUGCCCCGCCCCGCCUCGCCUCGAUUAGUUUCUUGGAGCGGGGCAGGUAGCCCCGCCCCGGCUUAAUUGGGGCGGGUCUGCCCCACUCCAUUUGCCCCAUUUAACUCUUUUUUUUUUUAAGAAACAUUAAAUUAUAAUUUUAGAAUUUUCCCCAAGCCUAAAUAUUAUUUUUAUUGUAAUUUUUAUAUUUUACACUUGGUAUCAACUACACCAUCAAAUAUUAUAUUUUG